AUGAUCUGGUCUGAGUGUAAGGAGAUCUGGAGCGAUGGGCCCAGGGAGUAUGUGUAUCACCUCUGGAACGUCCUGGACUUUGGGAUGCUCUCCAUCUUUGCUGCAUCGUUCACCGCACGAUUCAUGGCUUUCCUCAAGGCGACCAAAGCUCAACAGUAUGUGGACUUGCACGUGCCGGACGAGGACCUCAGCAACGCCUCACUACCGGAGGAAGUGGCCUAUUUCACUUUUGCCAGGAACAAGUGGCGCCCUUCCGACCCGCAGAUCAUCUCUGAGGGCCUGUACGCCAUCGCCGUGGUGCUGAGCUUCUCACGUAUUGCCUACAUCCUGCCGGCCAACGAGAGCUUCGGGCCGCUGCAGAUCUCCCUGGGCCGCACGGUCAAAGACAUCUUCAAGUUCAUGGUCAUUUUCAUCAUGGUGUUUGUGGCCUUUAUGAUCGGGAUGUUCAACUUGUACUCCUACUACCUGGGAGCCAAGUACAACCCUGCCUUUACCACGUGA